ACCGCCAACCAAACCAGUGUCAAAAUCCGGGUCGGUCACACAAGUGAGCUAGCUUAACAGCUAUGUCUUCCUUCUGAGCUUCAUCUGACAUUAUACGUUCUACUCCUCUCUACAAACCAUCAAAAACAGAUCAGAGAAGCUGCAACAUGUAUAAAACGAAGCUGCAAGAGCUGUGCCAUCAGAAAGCAUGGCUCCUGCCGGAUUACGCCACCGUAAAAGGAGGACCGGAUCACGAUCCUCGCUUUCAGGCCACCGUCACUGUCAAUGGCCUUUCCUUUCAUUCCCAAUCUCCCGCUAAAUCUUCUAAGCAAGCCCAAAACGAUGCCGCAAAGUUCGCCAUCGAUCACUUCUUUUCCUCUCGCUCCUCUCCUCCUCCUCCUCCUCCUCCUCCUCCUGCUGCUGCUGCUGCUGCUGCUACGCCAGUUCCUUCAAGCGCAACCGCUGAUUUCAGUAGUAAUCUUUCCUCUGGAGGGGCAUUACAAUUUAAGGAGCAAGAAACAAGUCAAAUUCCUGAGGGGAAUGGGCCAGCUACAAUAGCUAAAAACGAGGAAAGAUUCACAGAUAUGCAGCAUUUGUACAAAAAUCAGUUGCAGAGCUAUGCUCAAAAGAGAAAUCUCACUCUCCCCGUGUAUUCUUGUGACCGUGUGGGUCCUCCUCAUGCAAGUCGCUUCAAGUGUAAGGUCACAAUUGGUGGACAAGCCUAUGAGAGUCAGGAGUUCUUUCCCACAUUAAGUAAGGCUGAACAUGCUGCUGCAAGAGCUGCGUUGAUGUCUCUGGCACCAAAUGGAGUUGAAGAUGAUGAAUCUGCUUACAAGAACCUGCUACAAGAACUGGCACAGAAAGAAUGUUAUCCUUUGCCAAGUUACACCACAAUGGUAUCUGGUGAAGCUCAUAGACCAACCUUUGUUUCUACUGUGGAUGUUGAAGGGGAGUUGUUUACAGGGCAAGAAGCAAGAACUAAGAAGCAAGCGGAGUUGAUUGCAGCAAAGGUUGCUUACACAGCUCUUAAACAGCGGAACUCAAGACACAGCCCUAUGGUUUGUAGUUCUGGCAACUCAAGUCAUGGCCCUACAAUUUCCUGCUCUGUGAACUCUAGUCAGAGCCCUGUGCCUUCUUGUUCAGCAAAUUCAAGUCAUAGUGCUCCAUGUUUAACCCUUCCUCAGCAAGGACCUCCAUGUCAAAUCCUUCCUCAGCAAGGACAAAAAGUUGUUCAGUUCACUUCUGGUUUGCGGUCGGAUCUCACUGCUUAUCUUCAACAAAAUGUUCAACCUAGAUUGCCUGGGCACGAUAAAAAAGCUGAAGAGGAUAGAGGAACUGCUGAUAUUGUCAGUUGUGAUCCUCCCGUUGUGUCUCCAGGACUGGAAAGCAGCUCAAUUGUGAAUACAAUUUCAUCCUCACCUGACCCAUCCAAAACUUCUUUGCCUGAAUCCGGCCUUUCGUCAUCCUUAUCACUUCCUCAUUCCUCCAUUAAUUCAGCUGCAACUAUUGAGCAUGCGGUUGGAAUGAAUAUUUCAGACCACAAUAAGGUUAUUGUUCAUCCACGCGGUACAAAAAUGACAUAUCCUCGAGGCAGCAUCGUGUUGUCCAUAAGCAAUGGCGAGUGGGUUGCAGUGCAGGCACCUCAAUCUAGCAAGUAAAAUUUAGUAGAGCCGAAAAGAAGCUGUUCGUGAAUUUGUCAACUUUUGAAGUGUACUUUGGAUACCAACUAAAGUAGCUGAAUGCAUGUGAAGUUCCCGAAUUUUUGUUGGCUAAACUAUAAAGCAAAAAUGCAAGUGCAUCAAGGACCAGAUGAAAAUAAAGGUGUUCAAGAUGUUCUCUUUCAGGUCUUGGUAAGUUUUAUAUUAUGUAUGAAAUAUUGAAUCAAUGAACUUUAUCUCAGCUGAAAUUACGAGAUUAAGCUCAAUUAAUUAGAGUUGAACAUUGAGGGCUGAAAUCCCUAUUGAGACAAAUACACAACACUUUCAAUUUCUCUGUUUCAA